AUGCGACACAUCCGGCUCGUAGCCCUCUCCGCCGCCGCCACGCUCCCAACCCCCAAACCCAUUCCCAUCCUAGGCGACCCAUCCGAAAUCGCCAACGUCCUCCUCUCAAAGCUCCCCUCCCAAUCCCAGGUCCUCCUCCCAAAGCCCUUCUGGUGGUGGCAAUCCGGCACCGUAGUCGACAGCCUGCUGACGCUCUCCCACACCACCAACACAACCACCCACAACGCCCUCAUCACCACGACACUGCUCUCCCAAGCCACGGGAUCAAACGACUUCAUGACGCCCGACGCCACGGGCAACGACGACCAAGCCUGGUGGUCCCUCGCCGCGCUGUCGGCCGCAGAAUACAAUCUGCCCUCCCCUUCCAUCCCCUGGAACAACCUCGCGUCCAACGUCUUCGCUGCGCAGAAAUCCCGCUGGGACGACACCCGCUGCAAGGGCGGUAUCAAGUGGAAGAUCAAGCCCGAGGACGACGGCUGGCACUACAAGUCGACGAUCGCGAACGGCCUGUUCUUCCAGCUCGCGGCGCGGCUUGGGAGGUACGGGAAUGAUGGCGAUGCACUGGCGUGGGCGGAGAAGAGCUACGAUUGGACUGUUUCUGUCGGCUUGAUUAGUCCUGAGUUUGAUGUAUUUGAUGGGACGGAUGAUGCGAAGGGAGAGGGGGGCUGCGUGGAUGUUAACCAUGACAUGUGGAGUUAUAAUGUUGGCGUCUUUUUGUAUGGUGCGGCGGUCAUGGCGGAGAAGACUGGGGAGGAGAGGUGGAGGAAAAGGGCACGCGGGUUCUUGGAUUCGGCGAAGAGAAACUUUGUGAAGGAUGGGAGACUGUUUGAGGGGAAGUGUGAUGGCGAUGGGAGCUGUGAUAAUGACCAGGUCAGUUUCAAGGCGCAGCUUGCAAGAUGGCUGGGCGCCACGGCGGUUAUAUUGCCAGAGUUAAGGGGAGAUGUGGUGGAAAUGUUAGGACAGAUUGCGGAAGGGGAAAUGGGAGAGAGUGAGGCGGGUAAAGAAACCAAUCAUGAGUUGCGGAAUACAUAA